AUGUUCCUCCAGAAUCUGGUCCAGAAAGCCCAACAGCUCAUCGAUCCCGCCCAAUUGCCCGGUCCUUUGGGCGCUGCAGCGUCCGGAAGACCCUCCAAGUCUCACUUGUUCCGACAUCAAUUUCGACUCCCGGAUACGCAGAAUCCGCUGUACGAAAUUUCCGCCGAGCUUACGCUUCCUACCAAGCCGCGCACCAAUUCCAACAAGUCGGGAACGUCAAAGAAUUGGGACAAGAGCAAUUGGGAUCGAGAGCGAGGGACGCAUUAUGUGGGACAGCUGCAUUUGAGUGAGCAGUUCCUCUGCUUUUCCACGGUCAAUACUUCGUUUGUCAGUACAGCUUCUACAAGCGCCAGCAGCGGCUUCACCGGGAGGACGCAUGGGACCGGUCCGGCUGGCAAUGGCUUCACGCUGCCAUUGUGCGCGGUGCGGAGGGUGGAGAGAUUGCAUACCCAGUCCUACAUGUUUGCUCUCUCGAUAACGACAUGGAAUGGCUUCGACCCAGGCAGCGAGGAUAAGCCGGGCGCUCCGUCUCCACCUAAACUGACGAUCCAGCUGGAGGGCAGCCGACAGCAAUGCGAGCGCUUCUGCGAUGGUCUUAAGAGGGGUCUCAGACAGGGCAUCAAGGAGGUCGAGAACAUGCGGACAGUCGCCCAGGAAUGCUUUUCGGAGCACUUCCUCUACGGCGAUUUUGAUACUAUACCUGCAGCUGAGAAGCCCGAUGGAGCGCCGCGAGCACCGCCGGAUACGGGACUUGGGAGUAUAUUCAAGUAUCCAGGCAAUUCGAGGAAACUGCGAGAUCGUAGCAAGAUGAGGCUGUGGCAUGAGUACAUGAAGGAGAAUGGCCGAAAUACGACAUUGGUUCGCCAGCCGGACUUCCAUCGUCUGAUACGAGUCGGAUUGCCCAAUCUGCUCCGAGGAGAGAUCUGGGAGUUGACAUCUGGAUCAUUCUACCUCCGACUUCAGAAGCCCAAGCUCUACCAGGAAAUGCUCGUCAAGCACGAGGGCGAGGGUUCUCUCGCGAUUGAUGAGAUCGAGAAAGAUCUCAAUCGCAGUCUUCCGGAAUAUGCCGGCUUCCAGAGCGAGGAGGGUAUCGGUAGGCUACGUCGAGUGCUGACCGCCUAUAGCUGGACGAACCAGGAAGUCGGAUACUGCCAGGCUAUGAACAUUGUAGUCGCCGCACUGCUGAUGUACGUAAGCCCACUUCCCUUUUGUAGCAGAUCUCAAGCUAAGUGCUCUCUCCAGUUAUCUCUCCGAGAAUCAAGCAUUCUAUCUCCUCUCAAUCCUCUGUGAUCGCUUAUUACCAGGGUACUACUCAACGACAAUGUACGGCACACUACUCGACCAGCGAGUGUUUGAAAGUCUCGUGGAGAAGACGAUGCCCAUCAUCUGGGACCAUUUGGUCAAGAACGACGUUCAGCUUUCGGUGGUGUCAUUGCCUUGGUUUCUUUCACUCUACAUCAACAGCAUGCCACUCAUCUUCGCCUUCCGGGUACUGGAUGUUUUCUUCUUGGAAGGACCGAAGGUACUCUUUCAGGUCGGCCUCGCGAUUCUGCGCAUCAAUGGUGAGGAACUGCUGGACGCCACAGACGACGGCACUUUCAUUUCUGUUCUGAAGUCAUACUUUGCCCGGCUUGGAGAGUCGGCACACCCCAAGUCUGAGAAUCCAAAGCAUCGAGCUAUUACGAACUUUCAGGCACUCAUGGUCGUUGCUUUCAAGGAGUUUGAAGGUAUCACACAACACACUAUCUCUGAGCAGAGAUCAAAACACAAAGCGGCAGUGCUGGACAACAUCGAAUCAUUCGCCAAGCGCACUUCGAUACGGAAUUUGGGACCGGAAAGCAAGAAGCUUUCCAUGAAUGACCUUGGCUUCCUGUACGAUCGCUUCUACACCGUGCUCUAUGAGCGACAACAACGAGCAUCCGUGCUACAGGCGGAGAACGAGAAAAAGCAGAAGCAGGCCAGACAACGAGCUUCGGAACUUUUGACAGGUGUACCAGGAAGUGCGCCAGAGCUGGGCCGAGUAGGCAUGGGACCGAGCUCGACUCAAAUGGACUACGAUGCCUUCCGGGAGUUCCUCGCUGGCAUCUCGAAAUGGGCUGUCACGGACUCUCCGAGCUCGCCGAGCAAAGAGGAUCGUGCCGGACACGGGUACUUUGCCAAUACUCUCCGCAGUCGAUCAAUCAAUCUGUCGCCCUGGGGAUCAGGACCAGAGCCGGCAGAUCACGACUUCAUGCAGCGUCUGUUCAAGAAAUGGGAUGCCGAUGGGCAUGGUUCAUUGACUUUGCAGACCGUGGUGUACGGACUUGCGCCGAUCAAGGGCAAUCGCGACAUUAUGAGCAGUAUCUCGUAUUUCUUCGAACUUUACGAUGACGAUAAGGAUGGAAAGGUCGAUAGGGAGGGAAUCUUGAGAAUCUCCGAAGCGCUGCUUUUCUUGUCGAGGAGAGGUGUUCAUGGUGGUGUGAUGUCGAAUAGCGGAGGUGAUGAAAGUGUCAAAGGACCUGAUGGGAUUCCGAUGUCGAAGGAUGAGCAGUUCCUAGGGGCCGUGAGUGCUUUCAUCAGGAGGUGUUUUGAGUAUGCGGAUCCGGAUCAUCCUUCGCGGCAAGGACAGAGUGAGGUUGAGAAGGCAGUUGGGGAGUUCAAGAUCGAUGACGAUGAAGAGGACCUUCUUGGCGAUGAGAACGAUGGGGCGAAAGAUGAGAAGGAAAAUGCAGACCUCGAGUCCGCCGAGGAUGAUUCGAUACUUGCGCAAUCCUCGCCGAACACCUUUGACCAAACGACGCCUACGACGCCCAAGAACGCCGAAGCGAAUGCUGCGCUGGAUCCUUCGAGUCCGGUACACAUCACCCUCCCGACUUUCCGCAUGCUGGUACUAGCGGAUGAAACCCUGGAAUCUUUCUUCGACUCUGGAUUCGCGAAUAGUUUCCAUCUUGCCGACGCACCUCUCCCGUCAUCUACGUUGACAUCUCCAUCCUUCCUGAAUCUACACAACGCAGCCCCAGGCCAGGCAUCCCAUCCUCUUGUUCCUGCGAUCAGCCCCGGUGGACCUGGUGCGGGUGUCGUUGCUCCCGGGAAAGGUCUCAGAGGCAUGCUGGACAAUAUCGUCACGGAUGGGAUGCGUGUCGCCGUGGAAGUCCGUAGGAGAAUGGAUGAGGCGCAGAAGGAACUCGAUCGCGGGGCUUCGACUCGGGGAACGGAAGAUGACGAUGACGAUGAAGGGGAAGACGAAGGUGGGAGGGAGCUGUUGGAGGGUGCGGAAGCCGAUGCAGGUAAGCCUGAAGACGAAGGCAAAGGGAAGGAAAGUCUGUUGGACGGACGUGUCGUUGCGGCGGAACCUUCUUCUUCGUCUUCGACGACGACGACGACGACGACGACGACAACGAAAGGCAGUUCGGCCGCUUCGAUUAAGAGUACGGGGAGUGAGGUGGAGAAGAGUACGAUGUUUGAACGAUGA